AUGGCGGAUAACGAAAAGAUCCAAGAGUCCAACGAGAAGCGCUCUCACUCUAGCGAGAGGACGGCCACCGGCGCAAACACCACCAAUGUCGAAAAUGUUGACCGACCACGCAAGAAGAGCUUUACCGAUGUCGACACCGGGCACCUCAGUGCCGCGUUCGAGAACCCUCUGAGUGACAUUCCCAAAGAACAGCUGUUGACCGAGGUUGACACAUUCUGCAAAGACAACAAUCUUAUGGAAUAUGUCGACGCAUUCCGAAAAGGUGCAUUGGUCGCCCAGAACCCUCAUGCGCUUCAGUCCAUCAGUGAACUGACCCCGGAGGACCACGAGGUUCUCCUGAGGGAACAUACUCAUCGAUGGAAUCAACCAUUGACCUUGUACUGGCUCGUCAUCAUGUGCUCCCUCGCCGCUGCUGUGCAAGGCAUGGAUGAGACGGUCAACAACGGCGCCCAGGCACUGUAUCUCAAGCAACUCAAUAUUACCACAGAUCGAUUCUCAAAGGACAUGGUAGACAACUUGACGGGCCUUGUUGUUGGCGCCCCGUAUCUGUGCUGUGCGAUCCUCGGUUGCUGGUUGACUGAGCCCUGCAACAAAGUUUUUGCUCGUCGAGGCACCAUCUUCAUAUCCUGCUUCAUCGCUGCGGUGGCCUCCAUUUGGGAAGGUGUUGCCAAUUCCUGGGUCAAUCUGUUCCUGGCGCGAUUUGUUCUCGGUCUGGGCAUUGGUCCAAAAUCUUCCACCGUUCCCGUGUAUUCGGCCGAAUGUGCACCGGCCCCUAUUCGAGGCGCCUUGGUUAUGAUGUGGCAAAUGUGGACGGCUUUUGGUAUCAUGCUGGGGAACAUUAUGGGCGUCGCUUUCGGCGGACUUGCUCCCGAUCUCGGCUGGAGACUCAUGCUUGGUAGCACUGUCGUUCUUCCUCUCAUUGUGUGCGCUCAGGUAUAUUUCUGUCCCGAAAGCCCAAGAUGGUACAUUCAACAUAAACGGCCCGAGAAGGCUUUCCGUUCUUUCCAGCGUUUGAGACACAGCGAUCUUCAGGCUGCUCGAGAUACCUACUAUACCUAUGUGGGUGUCGAGUUGGAACGAAAAGCCAACCGAGGCAAGAACUUGUUCACUCAAUUCGUCGAGUUGUUUACUGUGCCUCGCAAUCGACGAGCGACUCUGGCGAGCUGGAUCGUCAUGUUUGGACAGCAAUUCUGUGGCGUCAACGUCAUUGCUUAUUACAGCACCACGAUCUUUAUCGAAUCAGGAUACUCAACCAACUCUGCUCUAUUGGCGUCUAUGGGCACUGGCAUCUUGAAUUGGGUCUUUGCCAUUCCGGCCGUGUUCACGAUCGAUAAAUGGGGUCGGAGAAAUUUAUUGCUGUUUACCUUCCCUUUCCUUGCCAUCUUUCUGCUGUGGACCGGCUUCAGCUUCUGGUUCCAGGCGCCAAAGGCCAAGGUCGGCAUGGUGACUACCGGAAUGUACCUGUUCGAGGUCUUCUACUCUCCUGGUGAAGGGCCAGUCCCGUUUACCUACUCUGCCGAGGCCUUCCCAGUCCACGUGCGUGAUGUCGGCAUGUCUUGGGCCACGGCAACAACAUGGUGUUUCAACUUCAUCUUGAGUUUCUCGUGGCCACAUCUGUUGACCGCGUUCAAGCCACAAGGUGCAUUUGGCUGGUACGGUGCAUGGUGUAUCAUAUUGUGGUUCUUGAUUUUGCUUUUCGUCCCUGAGACCAAGGCACUCACCCUGGAAGAACUCGAUCAAGUAUUCGGUGUUAGCACACGCAAGCACAUGAGUUACCAGUUGAAGAAUGCCGUCUGGCACUUCAAGACGUGGAUUUUGAGGCAGAAGCUCGAACCCAUGCCAGAGUUCUACCAACGAGCAGAGAAGCUCAACGAAGCAUAG